AUGACUUCUUCUUCAUCUUCUCCUCCUACUUCUAUUAUGGCCUUUGAAGAUGUUGUCCCCGGAAAACUGGUGCUCGUUCUCAUCAUCAUAGCAUCGACUUGGCUGGGAUGCAAAGGGAGGGGUUGUGACGACGAUGAGCGGAGGGCUUUGCUUGAGAUCAAGAAGGUUUUCAACCCCCCCAAGGGCUCGUACUUGUCCUACUGGGGCAACUCAACAACAAAAUAG